AUGACGUGGCACAAUGAAGUCUGGCUCUUGGAGAUUUUGGCAAACUUAGUAAAGCCUGUCACAAAUCUUAGUAAAGCCCGGCACAUUCUUGUAAGCAUUGCAGACAGCCUGCACUACAACAUACUUUCACCCCACUGGGACAGAAUUUUGGUUGGAGACUGUUGUGUAGUGACUGUGACCCUUUGGGUGCUGUGUAUUUGGCAGCUCCUCAGCCUGUCACCAACCUUGCCCCAGCUGGCUGCAGAAGCAGCUUCAGCACUGCUCCCACCUGAGGCUGUCCCAGACACUACUCCUCAGCAGGCAGCCCAAGGUCCAGGCAUUUGCAGGGCAGCCGUGCUCCCUCCCUGGUUUUGGGAUCCUUGGUGCCAGAUGACCCAGCGGUCCUGCCGGGCCUGGCUGCUUCGGGUUCAUGCUCACCAAGCAAAGCAGAGGCUUGGAGCUGUGCUGCAGGUUCCCCAGUGUCCUGAGGAUUCCCAGGCUCCCAGUCCAGAGCAGGGACAUUGGUACAGAGCAGGAACUCACUGGCUGAGGAGCAGGCCUGCUGGAAGCUACCUGGGAAUUACAGUAGAUGCCAAGUUCAAUAUGGGCCAAAGGAGUGUGGUUCUCUGCAAACAAGGUGGAAGAGCAGCUGUGUUAUGUGGAGGGAGACAGGUUGAUGGACACUUUUACCCUGCCCUUCCUGGUCCUGGUAAUUUGGUAAAAAAUUUCUGUGCCUACAGUACUGAGACAGUGAACAUUUUUGAAAAAUAUAAAAACCUUACUUUUGAACAGAUUAUAGUGGGUAAAUAUGGCCACUCCUAAAAGGAAUGUGCACCUGAUACUAAAAUUACAGGUGAUGCUCCAAUAGAAAUCUGGAUGUGCUCCACCACUUUAAAGCCUCCCCAAAUUCUGAAUUGUAAUGAAAAUCUGGACUCCUUAGCAUCACGGGCUGAAACUGUGAGCUCCAGGAAGGUUUCAGUUAUUGCAAGUAACACUCAAAUCAUCAGCUCCAUGACAGACCAACUGACCAGACACAACAUCACUGCUGCUGCAAACAUCGUAGUGCAGAUUAUGAAAAAGCCAAAUGCUUCAGAAGACUUUCAGGCUUCUGUGGCACUAAUGGCCACAGUGAGUCAACUCUUGGAUGCCAAAACAGAAUUCAUCCACAAUAGUCUUGUCAAUGCUACAACCAGCCUCAUGAAAGCAAUGGAGGAAUUUUUUUUCACUGCUAACAUCUCACAGCCCGAUGUUGCAAUCUAGUCUGCUCUGAAAUUAAGCUCCUCUAUGAUUCUGUUUUUGGCACAGAGAAAUACAGCGCUGGGAAAGUAUCAGUCAACAAAACCAGAAAUACAGGAAAGUGCUCCUGGGCUUCUUGGUGACCUCAGUACUGAAGUUCAGAUACUGUGCAACAUUUUAACCACUUUUUCUCCUGGCAAUGCCAAUCCUGAGUAUGACACAUGUGAACUGCUGCUGUGUGGUCAUGCCUGUGUCUUUUGGGGAUUACACCGUAAACGAUGCAGGUGUAAUCACGCCACUAAUUUUGCUGUUCUGAUGGCAUUUCAUAUAAAAUAUAAAUAUAAAAAGCUUUUGGAUUAUAUUUCUUAUAUUGGUGUUGGAUUGUCCAUGGCUGGUCUGGUUAUUAUCAUUUUGUUUCAAUUACUCUUGAGGAAAAGUCAAAACUUAUCUGUAAAGUGGACAUUAGUGAGUCUCUGCUUUUCUAUGCUCAUUUUUAACAUCAUCUUCAUCUCUGGAAUUGAAAACCAAACUUCCAGAAAGUGCAGCAACGUUACCACCAGAUGCUACCAGCAAUAUCUUCCUUAUGAUGCCACCAGUAACCUUACCUCUGACACGGUGGAUACUCCCACAGAGUCCUGGUGCACAGCCGUGGCUGUCCUGCUGAACUAUUUCUUGUUGGCAGAAUUCCUGUGGUCAGCACUCAGUUCUGCACUGUUGUACUUAUUGCUGCUCAGAGCCAAGAAGCCACUGCCUGAACAUUUCCUCGUAACCAUGUCAGUAAUCGGAUGGGGAAUCCCUGCCAUAGUAGUUGCAAUAACACUUGCAACUGGCAGAGAAGCUGCUGACAGAGAAGGAAAAGCUCUAAACUACUGACAGGAAGAAUUGAAUAAAAAUGAUUCAUUAAUGAAAAAUAAGAUUAGCACUGUCUCUAUAGUGGUAGUGCUCGGGAUUAUCUGGAUGAUUUGCUACCUCACGUUAAUAAGUAAAGAAAAAACAAGUCUUGCUUUCAGCUUUCAGUUUUGCAUUUUGAAUGCUACCCGGGAACUCCAGAUUUGUAUUCUGUUCACUUUCAGAACACCACUCUUGAAGAAAAAAGUUUUCAAAGUGUUCCCAUUUUCCAGGGGCACAAGCUCUUAA